AUGGGCACCAUCGACAACCUUCUGGUCAGCCUCGACCAGGGCGUCACAGGCCUAUUUGGACAAUGGAAUGGCUACACAACCGCCAUGGUGACCUUCCUGGUCAUCACUGUCUCCUACCGUAUUGCUGCCAGCCAGGAGCCCGACACGCAUCCAAUGUUACUUGCCCGCCAGGCGCAAGGCUCUCCUGUUCGACAAGAGGGCGAGUCUCCCGUCUACCGAUCCCACGCCUCACCGCACGGCAUGCCUCUCAAUAGUGGACUGAACGUCAAGGAUUCUGGGGCCUCGAAGUGGUCCAGAGGAAGAGACGGUGAUCUCCGCGACAUUUGGAGGAGGGCCGCUGGCGGCACGCCCGACGAAGAUGGCAAGCCCGCCUCGGGCAAGGGCCGCCUUCUCACGGUUCAUGGUGCCCGUCAAGUUGUCGAGGCUGAUAUCGACGAUGUGACGCGCCAGAUCAACCUCAUCGGCCAGCACAUCCACGAGCAGGGUGGAAUCCGAGUGGCCAUCUACCUCCCCAACUCGAUCGAGCUGAUUGCUGCGCUCUUUGCCUGCAGCUUCUACUCCAACCUGACCGCCAUCCUCAUCCCCUUCGACGUCUCCGACGAAGAGCUCAUCUCCAUGCUGCGCCGCUCCGCCGCCGACACCGUCGUCACCGCUCCCGGCGCCUUCCCCUUCGAUGCUGUGGUCAAGGCCUACCCAUCACUGCGCCAGCUGAUCUGGGUUGUCGACGAGGGCAGCAAGCACAUGGACUGGAACGAGGUACCCGAGGGCAUGGGAGGGUCCGUCAACGUCGCAACGUGGCAGGAAAUUGCUCAGGAAGCCCCGGCCGCCGCAGGCCUCGAACUACCGCCCGUGGCUGGGCAGCACGAGCCGGCAGACAUCAUCACCUUCUGGCAGUCGAGGCCCGGCAUCAUGGAGGAGAUGGUGCGAUUCUCGCAAGCCAACCUGAUCGCCGGCAUCGCCGCUCAGCUCGCGGCGCUCCCCGUCUCUCAGCGUCUGGGCCCCUCCGACCUCUUCCUCCCCGUCGACUCCCUGACGAACACGUACACUCUUGUCCUGACCCUGGCCGCCCUCUUCUCCAACGCUUCUAUUGCCUUUAGCUCGGUCGCCGGCAAGUCAGCCGAGCUCAUCCUCUCAACGCAAGGCAUCGCGCCGACGGUCAUUGUCGCCUCGCCGGAGACGCUGCUCAAGACCCACCACGAGACCACGAGCAAGCUCACGUCGGCCCUGGCCAGGCUGUCCUACUGGCUCAAGUCGCGCAGCCUCGUGGACUACGGCAUCAUGCCCGUCGCAUCGGUCGCCACCAGCUUUGGCGACGCCUACCUCCCCGCCAUUGGCACCACGCCCGGCAAGCUCCGCGUCGUGUACACGGCCGAGAGGGUCGGCGCGCAUUCUGUGCCGCUGUCCCCUCGCGAGCUCUCGGAUCUUCGCGUCUUCCUCGGUGCGCGCGUCAUCUACGCGCUGACGGCCUCCAAGGUCGCCGGCGCCGUCACCCAGACAGGGUACUAUGAUUACAGGGUGCACGGCCAGGACAGCAAGCGCUCUCACUUUGGCCCGCCCGUCACGAGCACCGAGAUUCUCCUCCGCGAUACGGCGGAUCUCAGGACGACGGACGAGGUGUCGCAGGGACAGAUCAUCGUUCGGGGCCCCUCGGUGGCUGGGGGUGAAGCCGCGCUCGGCGUGUCUGGCAGGAUGAGCGAUGACAACACGGUGUCUUAUGUUUAA